AUGGUCGAAAUCGCUCUCCAAGGGGAGAGCAAAGGAAUUAUCUAUGAGGGUUAUACCGACGCGUUUCGCCAAUGUAUUUUUGAGGAAGGAAAUGUAAAUGGCCGUAACGAACGAUAUGAAUUUAGGUGUGAUUCUCACUUAGAAUGUUGUGGUCGUAGUUGUUGUAUUCCUGAGGAGGUCACUAUCCCGCUAUGGCUCAUCAUAAUUUUCAUUAUUUUAUUGCUCAUCCUUCUUGCUGCUGCUCUCUUAACUAUCGCUUAUAUCUGUGCCAAGCGACGUAAGCCAAAACCAAAAAAAGACUAUGCUGAUGGAACUGCGAACAAAGGAGGAUACACUGCUCUCGAGACAAACAGAUCAGGAAGAUCCAACAGAGGGUUCAAUGAUCGUGAACGUUUAGUGAACGAACAUGAUACAUACAGCUCCCCUGAUCAUAUGUAUGGUGGCUACGGCAAUAGAACAUACAGUCAUAGCGGUAGUGGACGACCUUAUUAUGGAGGACACAUUGCACGCACUGGAGGAGUUUCUAAUACUGCUGGCUUCAACAUCGACGAUCCUGGGGUCGUACGUGAAGUGGCGAUAUCAAAACGCUUGGAUGGAUAUAAUGCAGGCCCUGGUGCACGUCGGGAUUCUAGGGUGACAGUUAGCAGUGCUGAAGGAGAAAAGUUCAUACCAUCGCCUAUGAAGGAAGAGAGCAUUUCUGCCCCGACGCCCGUCAAAAUCAUUCAACGUUCGGAAGAUGAGAUCAGUCGUGUAAUGGUUCCAGAGCAGAUGGAGGCUAUGCCUCUCAACCCUCAACGAGCUCAGAUGGCUUUCUACAGACCUUUUGUAGCUGAUGACAUGGAAGAAACAACUAUGCCAGCCCCACUACGUGGCUCUGUUAGUUACCAUUCAGUUGCGGAAUUGAGCCAAACUAAAAUGCCUAACAUUAAUCCCAUUGAUCCACCCAAAGGAGCUCAUGCGGAGAAAAUGUACAAAAGACCAGGAUUUGACAAUGUUCCUUCUUACUAA